UUAUUAUUAUUAUUAUUAUUAUUAUUAUUAUUAUUAUUAUAUAGCGUAUGAAAUUAUAAUGGUCCGUGAUUCUAUGUGCGAUUAUCUUACACCCUAAACACAUUAAAUACUUUACAUGUUCCAAUUUUUUAAAAAAGAACCAUUUUUAAGGAACUUGGUGUUCUUUAACAACUUAUUAAAACAUUGUUAUAAAAGCGGAAUGUAUUGUUCUAUUGUUACUCACAAGACAAGAACGUGUCGUUCCCAUAGGGAAUUUGAUGGAAUUUAUGUGACGGUAUAUAUCGUUCCACUCUAUUUGUUCCGUUGAAUUCUUUUAUAUAUCAUAACGAUAAUAUAUGCGAAAUGAUUAUCUUGAGGAAUAGUUAUUUAAUUAUGAAUACUCUGCAGUCUAAUUUAUAUUGUGCCACUUGAAAUAAUUCCGUUUUCGCUGCUACCUUAACUCUGCUAUGGAGAGCGUCCUUCAUUAUAAAAAGGAAUUGUUUUAAUGAGAAGUUUCUCAACUAAUACUUUGUAUACGAAGUAAAGUAUAAGGUAAGUUGUUCAAACUUUAAAUUUAUAGUUAAUAGGAUUCUUUUUUUAUUCAAAUGAAUUCUUUUUUUUAUCCUACUUUCUAUGCUUUGUUAAAAACUAAUAUUGUUAUAAACUUUCUAUAAAUUUUGUUUCUAGAGAACUUUAAAGAAAUCGGACUGACAAAACGAGUCUUGCAAAAGCCUGCGUGGAAAGAGGCAUUGGGAGCCUCAAUGAGAUCGAAAAGGCUUAAGUUAAUGCCUGAUAAAGAUAACCGCUUUUGUUGUCCUGUGGCUGAUUGUGACAGCGAGUCGUAUGGAAGUAAAAGAGGGUGUAGAAAACAUGUCUAUAACCGUCAUGGAUGGUUUUAUUAUUUCGAUAAAAGACCGAAUAUCGACGAAGUACUUCCCCACUUCAGUACGAGAAAUCGCAUAAAAGAUCCCCAAAGAAAGCGCGCCUCCACAUUUUCAAUGCCGUCUUUUGCUAAAACAUGUAAUUUGGCAGUUGCAUUUAGGACAUGGUUAAAAAGUCCAGGUGGUGGUGGUAAAGAUCAUUCUCAGGCCGAUCAAAUAACUUGUAAAGUUUUAAAGUAUGCCAAAUAUUGCUGCGAGGAUUCUCCUUCGGUAUGGGAAGUACCAUUCCCUGUUAUCGACUACUGUGUUGGCUCUAUUAAUAUGCUUUCUGAUUUCGUAGAUUUUUUGAGAGACCAAUGGAAGGUUGGCUUCUCAGGAAUAAUUGGCUACAUGAAUGCUAUUGGGCACAUGCUUGAUUACAGACGAAGCACAGAUGUACUCACACUAAUAAACGAAUACAUUGACAAUGUACGACGAAGAUUGAACCCCACCAACGAUUAUCUACUAGUGUGUCGAAAUGGUAAGCAGUUGACGCGUAUUUCGGACGUAUUCGGUAGAAUUGUUUAUCAAGCAAUUGGUAAGUAUAUAAAUCCUACACGAUAUAGGCAAAUCAUCGAAACCGAAAGUGUUGCACACUUAGAAACAAAAGAACAAGCAAUUCUUUCUCAAGAUCAAAAACACACGUCGCAGGUAGCUAAAGUUCAUUACCAGAAGACUGAAUCGCGCAAUAUAGCUGCAAAAGCCAGGUUAUGUAUGGAUAAAUUACGAGAUCAAACAACGUGUACUUUAACUGUAAGCGAAAUCAAUAGUAACACCAAAAAUGUGAAAACGUCUGGAAGUACUUUGGAACACGAAACACCUGUUCAAACGAGACAGAAAAAAGUUAGUUUUAGUGCCAUGGAGGACAAGUUUUUACAAGCUGGGCUACAAAAAUAUGGCAAUGCAAAAUGGACUUCCAUUCUCGCAGAUCCUAACUACUCCUUUCAUUGUAGCCGUAAAGCUAGUACAUUGGCGGUUAGAGCGAAGACAAAACAAUUUAUAUAAGUUUAAAUUGUAUUUAUAAUAAAAAUAACUUUGUAAAUUUACAAAGAUUUUUGAAAACCAGAAUA